GCGGGCCCUGUUACUGAAUCAAGAAGUGUUUGGUGCUGCGGCUUAGACGGCUUACCCACUCACAGCGACGUCGGACGUCAGGUGAAUUCCCGGGGAGGCCCUAGUGCCGAGAGAGCAGGAACUCCCGGGCUCGGGGAGCCACCGAGGAGCACAACCUCCGCGCACCGCGCCGGGCCUCGGAGCGCAAACGUCUCAGCGCUUGAUUGCGCUCCCAGCGCCCACCGGAGGGCGCUCCGCCCCCCAGAGAAAGCUCUGGACGCCGACGACUGAGGUCCAGGGGCUCAGGACAAAUUGGUCACCCAGGUGCUGUUUGAUGGGCUCCUUUCUCAAGCCCUAGAACCCGGUGGCUCAGACACUUCACCGAUCUGAGAACAUGAGUAGAGAGAAGGAAGAGGCAUUAUUUAGUAUACUUAGUAUAUAUGAUGAGCCAGAGGAGGGGAGCAACAUGCCGGAAAGUUCUGGCAUUUCCCAGGAUGAAGACCAAGCACAGACCCAACCUGAGGGGGUGUAUGGGACACCCCAGCAGCCUCUUGGGUCCCCGAUGCAGCAUGACCCAGUUUAUCAGCAGCAGUGGGUCCUCCAGACUCCAGACAGAUCUGAGCUCCAGGCCAGUUGGCUCUCUGAGACGGAGCCAGAAGCAGCAGCAGAGCUGAACCCCAGCUUCCCGCCAGGACCCGAAUUUGGCCAGGCUUGCCCUUCGCCUCCGCCCAGUGAAGAAGUCUGGUCAUUCCUCAGGGCAAUUCCACCCAUUCCAGAUGAAGUGGUCGUCAGGCAGAGGGUCCCACGGAGGUCCUGGAAGGUUGGCAGGCUCCGCCAUGGAAAGAAAGUCUAUGCCGUUGCCAUUAGCUCAACUCACCAUGUAUACACGUGUGGCCACGGCUACAUUAAGGUGUGGGACAAGAGCGCUCUGUACAGCUACAACAUGCCCCCGCAGGCCCAGCUGGACCUGCAGGACCGCCAGAACUGUGUCCUCACCUGCAAGCUCUUCCCUGACGAGCGGAGCCUCAUCACUGGGGGUCUGUCCCGGAGCCUGACUCUCUGGGACCUGGCACCCACACCCCGCAUCAGGGCACAGCUGGCCUCCACGGGCCCCAUGUGCUAUUCCCUGGCACUCUCCUCCAAUGCCCAGAUCUGCUUGGCUUGUUUCAAAGGAUUUGUCGAGAUUUGGGAUUUGCGGAACCAGAUCUUGAUCAGGAAGCAUGAAGUCCCAGAAUAUGGGUCCCGAUGUGUGGACAUCGUGGGCAAUAAGUUCUGGACGGGAGGUGAAGACACCAGACUAUAUUCCUGGGACCUGAGGAGCUACCAGAGGUUACAGCAGCACGAUUUGCAGCAUGAGAUCCUCAGCAUUACCCAUGACCCCAGUGAGGAAUGGGUGCUGGUAGGCUUGAGAACAAGUGAUAUCAUAAUCCUCCACACACAUCGGAGAGAGAAGUUCAAGGCAGUCCUUCAUAAAUACGUCAACCACCACAACCUCAAGUUUGCCUCCUGUGGGAGCUAUUUUGUGACCACACUGGACGAGUCGAUCCACUGCAUAGCUGCACCUUCUCUACAAAGGCAGAGGAGCCUACGGAUAUUCUGUGUUGUGAUGUGUCUUCAGACAACCAGUAUCUGGUCACGGGCUCCAAGAAUAGUGCCACGGUUUACCAGCUCUUGUACUGAAGUUUGCAUGUUGUGCUCCUGAUGGUGAAGACCCAGAGGAGGCCGGCAGGCUGAGGGGAUGACCAUCUUCAUGCCCUGAUACCUCCACCUUACCCUCGAUGGCCGGUCAUCUGGCCAUUCCCUCCUCCCAGUACACACCUAGUCUGUGCUCUCAGGUUUUUAUGAUAUGGCUUAGGAGUUUUUCUUUGUUAUUAUUCUACCACUGAUUUCUGCAUUUCAGUGGGGGAAACUUGCCUUUAUAAUUAACAAAAUAGAAAAGCAAAAACCAAAA